AUGAAAUUCUCUCUCUUGCUGUUGUCAGCGCUUGGCGCCUCGGUCUGGGCUGCGCCUGCCUUUCCCAAGGUUGAGGCGGUAGUUCCAGAGAACAUCAGGGCCAUCUCCGACUACAUGAAUAUGCUAGCUAGCAAGGUCCAGGAGAGCCGGGGGCUUGCAAGCCCCCCAGUGUGCGACCUCUCCAAAGUCUCCCUCCCAGAAGCCGCCGCGGGUCUUCCUCCACCCUCGCCCGGGUUAGUCCUGAAGCAUAUUGCCAUUGGACGCGGCACACAAAACUAUACCUGCGAUGUCAGCAACGCAACAGCCGUCCCGCAAGCCGUCGGUGCCGUUGCAACCCUCUACAACGCCUCGUGCAUCGUCGCAACCAACCCCGACCUAGCCGGGACACUCGCCAAAGCCGCCAUGCACUUCAACCCCAGCGAAAACGCCGUCACUCAGCAGCUCGUGCCGUCCAACCUGGGAGCCAGCGGAGUCCACUAUUUCAAGGACGCCACCACUGCCUUCUUCAACCUCGACGCGUUCCCCACGUGGAAGAUCGGCGAGAUCCCCUGCGGUAAAAACGCUAGCAUCCCGGCGCCCGUCGGUGCACCAAAGGGUCUGAAUAAUGAGCCAGCUGUUGCGUGGCUCAAGUUGCUCGCCAAGUCGGGUGCCACCGGCGGAUUGGAGGAGGUGUAUCGCGUUGAGACAAUAGGAGGGAGCCCCCCGGCGUCGUGCCGAGGCAUGCCAGCUCAGUUUGAGGUGCAGUAUGCUACAGAAUAUUGGUUUUAUGCCAAGUAA